GCCGCAUUCCUCAAGAGUCAGUUGAGCAUUGGACGUCCUCGAUAGCGGUUGCCUGUGGUGUUCUGUGCGGACGAGUGAAGCCGCUCAAGAACCAGCCACCAUCUCCUUGAGCCACUGAUGCCUUUUAACUCCAGUGCAACUAUGCUUUAAACUGUGACAUUGAACAAGAACUGAAAAACAAAACACCCACCCAAAAUAUUGAAACGACUCGAAUAAGUGUUGAGAACCCUAUUAAAACAUAGUGUUACGAUUAGUACGUAGAGCCAGUAUAGCCCCAGUUCGCAAACCCGAAGCUCACGAUGAAGCGCAAUAGGCGGAGUCUCAGCGAAGGCUCCACCGCAGCGCGCCUCCUGCUCGCCGGAGCGCUCCUCUGCAGCUGCGCGGCGACCGCACUUGGUGCACAGCGUCAGCCCAUUAACUCUGCCGGCGGACACGAGCUGCGCGGCACCACAUUCAUGCCGGCGCUGGAGUGCUACGAUCCCUACGGCCGACCCCAGAAAUGCUUGCCCGAGUUUAUCAACGCUGCCUACCAACUGCAAAUCGAGGCGACAAAUACCUGCGGGGAGCACGGCGAUAACCACUUCUGCAUGCAGACAAUGAAUCCGAAUCUGAAAAACUGUGCUGUCUGCAGGUAUGAGGAUCAUAAGCCUACAUUCCUGACGGACUUGCAUGAUCCCCAGGAUCCCACCUGGUGGCAAUCGGAGACCAUGCUGGAGGACAUUCAACAUCCCAAUCAUGUCAACUUAACGCUGCAUCUGCGUAAGUCGUACGACAUAACCUACGUGCGCAUUCUCUUCCGUUCGCCACGACCUGAGUCCUUUACGAUUUACAAGCGCACCACGGAGAACGGCCCCUGGAUACCCUACCAGUUCUACAGUGCCAUCUGCCGGGAUACCUACGGCCUGCCCGAUUCGCGUGCCAUUCGCAAGGGCGAGGGUGAGGCGCAUGCGCUCUGCACCAGCGAGUACAGCGACAUCUCUCCACUGCGCGAUGGUGAGAUCGCCUUCUCCACGCUCGAGGGUCGUCCGAGUGGCAUCAAUUUCGAGCGCAGCUUGGAGCUGCAGGAUUGGGUAACAGCCACUGAUAUUCGCAUCACACUGAAUCGCCUGAAUACCUUUGGUGAUGAACUGUUCGGCGAUGCUCAAGUGUUGAAGUCCUACUUCUAUGCCAUCAGCGAUAUUGCCGUGGGCGCGCGUUGCAAGUGCAAUGGGCAUGCCAGCAAGUGCGUGGCCAGCACCGGAAUGCACGGAGAGCGCACACUGGUCUGCGAGUGUCGCCACAAUACGGAUGGACCCGACUGCGAUCGCUGCUUGCCACUCUACAAUGACGUCAAAUGGAAGAGGGCCACCUCAACGGAAGUCAACGAGUGCAAAGCUUGCAACUGCAACAACUUUGCGGACAAGUGCUACUUCGAUGCAAAUCUCUUCAAUCUGACGGGCCAUGGUGGCCACUGUCUGGACUGCCGCGACAACCGCGAUGGACCCAACUGUGAGCGCUGCAAGGAGAACUUCUACAUGCGCGACAACGCCUACUGCAUCAACUGUGGCUGCGAUCCCGUCGGCUCCCGCUCGCUGCAGUGCAACAGCCAGGGCAAGUGCCAGUGCAAGCCCGGCGUGACGGGCGACAAGUGCGAUCGCUGCGCCAACAACUACUUCCAGUUCGGACCUCAUGGCUGCCAGCCUUGUGGCUGCGAUUCGCAUGGCUCCCACGACAAUACGCCAACCUGUGAUGCCGAAAGCGGCAUUUGCUACUGCAAGGAGAACGUCGAGGGCAGACGCUGCAAUGAAUGCAAACCGGGCUUCUUUAACCUGGAUAAGAACAAUCGGUUCGGCUGCACGCCCUGCUUCUGCUAUGGCCACACCUCCGAGUGCCAGACCGCGCCUGGCUACUCCAUUGUCUCGGUCACCUCCAACUUCAACAAGCACAAGGAACGAUGGACCGCAAUCGAUCUGAAUCGCCGUGACGUAGACAUCAAAUACAAUCAGUAUAGUCGAAGCAUUGGCACCACAGCUCAGGGCAACGAAUACGUCUACUUCCAAGCGCCGGAUCGCUUUUUGGGCGAUCAACGCGCUUCCUACAAUCGCGAUCUGAAGUUCAAGCUGCAGCUGGUGGGUCAAGUGGGACCCAGCAGCAGUGCCAGCGAUGUUAUCUUAGAGGGCUCCGGCAGUAAGAUAUCGUUGCCCAUCUUUGCCCAAGGCAACGGCAUUCCGGACCAGGGUGUCCGAGAGUACACGUUCCGUCUGCAUGAACAUCACGACUACCAGUGGCAGCCCAGCCAGUCGGCGCGUGGCUUCCUCUCCAUUUUGUCCAAUUUGACAGCCAUCAAAAUCCGCGCCACCUACUCCGUGCAGGGUGAGGCCAAUCUUGACGAUGUGGAGCUGCAAACAGCGCAUAGAGGUGCUGCCGGGCAACCGGCUACCUGGAUUGAGCAGUGCACCUGUCCCGAGGGCUACCUGGGUCAGUUCUGCGAGUCGUGUGCACCGCGUUAUCGCCACAGUCCAGCACGUGGUGGACCCUUCAUGCCAUGCAUACCAUGCGACUGUCAUGGACAUGCGGAUAUUUGUGACUCGGAGACAGGCAGCUGCAUCUGCCAGCACAACACCCAGGGUGAUAACUGCGAUCAGUGUGCCAAGGGCUUCUAUGGCAAUGCCUUGGGCGGCACUCAUAACGACUGCAAGCGUUGCCCCUGCCCCAACGAUGGCGCCUGCAUGCAAAUCAACGGCGACACGGUCAUCUGCACAGAGUGCCCCGUGGGCUACUUUGGCUCCCGCUGCGAGCAGUGCAGCGAUGGCUUCUAUGGCGAUCCAACUGGACUGCUGGGCGAGGUGCGAACCUGUAAGAGCUGCGACUGCAAUGGCAAUGUCGAUCCCAAUGCCGUGGGCAACUGCAAUCGCACCACCGGCGAGUGCUUGAAGUGCAUCCAUAACACAGCUGGCGAGAACUGUGAUCAAUGCUUGCCCGGACACUUCGGUGACCCGCUAGCCCUGCCUCACGGUAAGUGCGAUCGCUGCAGCUGCUACGACGCCGGCACCGAGCAGGACGAACAGAGCAUCUCGCGGUGCGAUCAGGUCACAGGUCAGUGUCAGUGCAAGCCGAAUGUCAUUGGACGCGACUGUGGUGAGUGUCAGCCUGGCUACUUUAAUAUACGUUCCGGCAAUGGCUGCGAGAACUGCCUGUGUGAUCCUGUGGGCAGCUACAACUCCACCUGCGAUCGGUAUACCGGUCAAUGCCACUGCAAGCCAGGUGUGGUGGGCUUGCGCUGCGAUCAGUGUGAAAACUUCUUCUUCGGCUUCUCCGGGGACGGCUGCAAGCCAUGCGAGUGCGACGAGAGUGGCUCCAAGGGCUUCCAGUGCGAUCAGAAUGGCCAAUGUCCAUGCAAUGAUAAUGUAGAGGGACGUCGCUGUGAUCGCUGCAAGGAGAACAAAUACGAUCGGCAGCGCGGCUGUGUUGCCUGUCCAGAUUGCUACAAUCUUGUGCAAGACGCAGCUGAUCUGCAUCGCGCCAAGCUGGCCAAUUUGAGCUCAACGCUGGAUGAGAUUGCCCGCACGCCAGUGACAAACGAUGAGGAGUUUGAGGGCAAGUUGAAGGCAGUGCAGGAGAAGGUGGCCAUAUUGGCACAGGACGCGCGCUCCGGCUCUAGCGAUGGUGGUCAGACCUAUGUUGAGGUCAUUAACGAUCUGCACAAGCGAUUGGACAGCAUGCGUGAUCACUUAGUAAGCGCCGAUGCACUGCAGCAAGAUGCCAAUGCGGAAAUCGAGAAGGCACGCAGCAACUACACGCAGCUACGCCUGAUCAUCGAUGAUGCCAAAAAGGAGCUACAGGACGCAUUAGAUCUACUCAAUGAUGAGGGCGCACAGGCCCUGGCCAAGGCCAAGACCAAAUCUAUGGAGUUUGGUGAGCAAUCGAAACAAAUAGCCGUCAUUUCCCGCGAGGCCCGCGCUCUUGCCGAUCGCCUCGAGUCGGAGGCGAAGUACGAUCUGACAAAUGCUAAGGACGCCAUGGAUGCUGUAGAGAAGGCCAAUCUGCUGGCCAAGAAUGCCAUCGACUUGCAGCAAAAGGUUGGCGUUGAGCUGCGCUCCGAAGUACGCCUCGAGCUCAAUCAGGUGAAGCAGUCACUUGGCACAGUCGCUCAAACCUCCAAGGAAGCACUGCGCAAGGCCAACGAGGUGUACGAUGCGGCUCUCACCCUGCUCAACGACGUCAACGGUCAAACCCAGCCGAACAUUGAUAUCAAUAUGCUGAAGAAAGAGGCAGUGGCUGCCAAUGAGAAUGCAGAUGCUCUGCUCAAGCAGAUCGACGAAAUGUCUAACAACAAUGGCGAGGUGUUUUCUAACUUUGAAGUUGAGCGCGAUUUCUCCCAAGUGCUGCUCGAACGCGCCGAUACACAGAAGAAGGAUGACAUCGAGCUGCUGGGUCGAGCUAAAGCUGCCUUUGAACGGGCCACCAAGGCAGUGGAGCAGGGCGACAGUACACUCAAAGAAGCCAAUAAGACUUACAACACACUAGCGGGCUUCCAGUCCGAUGUACAGAAAUCGUCCGAGAAGGCUGCCUUGGCAUUGGAAAUGGUGCCCAGCAUUAAGAUGGAAAUUGAGAAUGCGGACAAUCUAAUACAACAGGCUGGCAAUGCUCUUCAAGGCGCCAACAAGAAUGCCAACGAGGCCAAGAAUAAUGCACAAGAGGCCCAGGAGAAAUAUGCCGAACAGGCCUCGAAGGAUGCUGAGCUGAUACGUCGCAGUGCAAAUGAGACAAAGGUCGCUGCUCGUAAGCUACGCGAUGAGGCUGAUCAGUUGAACCAUCGGGUGACGCUGACUGAACGCGACAUCACCCAACUGGAAGAAAAUUCAACCGAAGAUGAUAAUCUUGUGGAUGAUGCCAAACGCAAGGUGGGCCAGGCCAAGGCAGACAUGCAGGACGCACAAAAGCAAAUUGAAAAAGCCAAUAGCGAGCUGUCAGCAAUCAAGGAUGAGUUAGAGAACUUAAGGGACAUCAAUACAUCGGAUUUGGACAAAUUGGAAAAUCGGCUCAGUUUGGUGGAGACGGACAUCAAUAGUGUGAAUCUGACUGGGCGCAUUGAGAAGUACCGAGAACAGCGGAAUAUACAAAAGAAAUUAAUCGACAAAUACGAAGCAGAUUUGAAAGAGUUAUCCGGUGAGGUGGAUAAUAUACGUUUAAUAUCUGAAGCGCUGCCAAGUGGUUGCUUUAGGCGCAAUCGUCUAGAGCCCUAGACAUAUAGACCCUAACUAAGUGCACUACCAACUACCAACUACUUCAGUUAACAUCUAAGUACGAGGCGAAGACGAACAAAUAAGGAAUUAGCCGUACCCGUAGCCGUUGAAUGAAAUUAUGUAAUUUUAGUCUUUUAGCUGAAAUAUUUUGUUUAGUGAAAGAAAGAAAGAAACAAACGAACCAACGAUAAGCGAGGAGCUUUAGCUUCACAAAGCAUCGUUCAUUUAUUAUCGUUAUAAUAUGAUGCCAAUAUUGAAACAAAUUUCUAAACUGCCAAUUGUGCUUUCAAUUCAAGCCAGCCAUGGACGACUGUAUUAUACUAUAUAUUGAAAACUGUGCCGUGUACCAAAACCUUAAAUCUAUAUUGCAUUUCUAUAUCUUCCCCCUGUGUGGCCUUGCCAUAUUGCAAUCUAUUCUAUAUAUAUUAACAUACAUUUGUCAUCUACGUUUAAUGUGCCAAUUACAAUAUUUUCUACUGUGCUUAAGUCGCCUUAUGAAUUUCACCUUAAAAUAAAAGUUUU